AUGGAGGGGCCUGUGCUGACACUGGGACUGCUGGCCUCCCUGGUUGUGUGUGGUAAGGGUGGCAGCUGGGCACUGAACGAGGAGGAGCGUCUGAUCCGGUACCUGUUCAAGGAGAAGGGCUACAACAAGGAGCUGCGGCCCGUGGCCCGCAAGGAGGACAGCGUGGACAUCUCACUGGCGCUCACCCUCUCCAACCUCAUCUCCCUGAAAGAAGUGGAGGAGACCCUCACCACCAACGUGUGGAUAGAGCACGGCUGGACAGACAGCCGGCUCCAGUGGGACGUCAAUGAAUUUGGGAACAUCAGCGUCCUGCGCCUGCCGCCCGACAUGGUGUGGCUCCCAGAUAUCGUGCUGGAGAACAACAAUGACGGCUCCUUCCAGAUCUCCUACUGGUGCAACGUGCUGGUCUAUGACUCGGGCUACGUAUACUGGCUGCCACCUGCCAUCUUCAGCUCCUCCUGCCCCAUCUCGGUCACCUACUUCCCCUUCGACUGGCAGAACUGCUCCCUCAAGUUCAGCUCGCUCAAGUACACGGCCAAGGAGAUCACUCUGAGCCUGAAGCAGGAGCUGGAGGACAAUCGUGCGUACCCCGUGGAGUGGAUCAUCAUUGACCCUGAGGGCUUCACAGAGAACGGGGAGUGGGAGAUAGUGCACCGGCCAGCCAGGGUCAACGUGGACCCCAGCGCCCCGCUGGACAGCACCAGCCACCAGGACGUCACCUUCUACCUCAUCAUCCGCCGCAAGCCUCUCUUCUACAUCAUCAACAUCCUGGUCCCCUGCGUGCUCAUCUCCUUCAUGAUCAACCUGGUCUUCUACCUCCCUGGCGACUGCGGCGAGAAGACCUCGGUGGCCAUCUCAGUGCUCCUGGCCCAGUCCGUCUUCCUGCUGCUCAUCUCCAAGCGGCUGCCGGCCACAUCCAUGGCCAUCCCGCUGAUUGGCAAGUUUCUGCUCUUCGGCAUGGUGCUGGUCACCAUGGUUGUGGUGAUCUGUGUCAUCGUGCUCAACGUCCACUUCCGAACGCCCAGCACCCAUGUGCUGUCCGAUGCGGUCAAGAAGCUCUUCGUGGAGACCCUGCCGAAGCUCCUGCACAUGUCCCGCCCAGCAGACGAAAGCCCCGGCCCCAGGGCCUUGAUCCGGAGGAGCAGCUCCCUGGGCUACAUCUCUAAAGCUGAGGAGUACUUCUCCCUCAAGUCCCGCAGUGACCUAAUGUUCGAGAAGCAGUCCGAACGGCAUGGGCUAGCCCGGCGUCUCACCACCGCACGUCGGCCUCCAGCAAGUUCUGAGCAGGCCCAGCAGGAACUCUUCAAUGAGCUGAAGCCGGCCGUAGAUGGAGCAAACUUCAUCGUCAACCACAUGCGGGAUCAGAACAAUUACAAUGAGGAGAAGGAUAGCUGGAACCAGGUGGCCCGCACGAUGGACCGCCUCUGCCUGUUUGUGGUGACGCCCGUCAUGGCGGUGGGGACGGCCUGGAUCUUCCUGCAGGGAGUCUACAACCAGCCCCCGCCCCAGCCUUUCCCCGGGGAUCCCUUCUCCUACGACGAGAGAGACAGGCGCUUCAUCUAG